ACAAUUGGUAUUUCUUUGAAUCCACUAUUGAGUCGAUGCUGCGGGGUUGGUGGGCGAUUCUAAGACCGAGGCCAAAUCCACCCAAAUAUUAAAACAAAGGCAGCUGCCUGUCCUCCUCACUUUCUACAUACCCCCUCAGUCAAAAUUUGCAAGUGGCAGACAACACUUCUCUAUUGUUUCUUUUGCUUUGAUUCAUAGUGCUAUGGCUCAUAAUGUUCAAGUACUUCCAUGGGGAACAGCGGUUGCCGUGGGCGGUCCUGCUGUUGCAUUAGGUGGGCUUUCCUUAUUGUUUCUGAAAGCAUAUGCUGAUGAUCAGAGGAGGAAGUCGUCUUCCAACCUUCCGCUGGUCCCUGAGGUACCGGGGCUACCGUUGAUUGGGAAUUUGCUGCAGCUGAAGGAGAAAAAACCCCACAGGACUUUUGCUAGAUGGGCUGAGACUUACGGACCCAUUUAUUCUAUCCAAACUGGUGCCAACAAAAUUGUUGUCCUCAACUCUAAUGAUGUUGCUAAGGAGGCUAUGGUGACUAGAUACUCAUCCAUCUCAACAAGGAAACUAUCAAAGGCACUCACUAUUCUCACUGCUGGUAAAAAUAUUAUUGCAAUGAGUGAUUAUGAUGAGUUCUACAAGACGGCAAAGAAGCAUAUACUCAUCAGUACUUUAGGAACACAUGCACAGAGACGACAUCGUGCCCACAGAGAUGCACUGACAGAGAAUAUUUGUAAUGAAUUGCACGCUUCUCUAAAUGAAAAUCCCCUUGAAGCUGUAAAUUUCAGGGACAUAUACCUGCCUGAACUUUUCCGCUUAGGACUAAAAGAAGUUCUGGGAGAGGAUGUCGAGUCCAUUUACGUGGAGGAAUUUGGAACUACAUUCUCAAAGGAAGAGCUACUUAAGGUCUUAGUGCAUGACCUGAUGGUGGGGGCAAUUGAGGUGGACUGGAGAGAUUUCUUCCCUUUUCUGAGCUGGAUUCCUAAUAAAAGUUUUGAAGACAAAAUCCAUCAAAUGGAUCUCCGCAGGGGAGCAGCCACGAAAGCCCUUAUUAAGCAGCAGAGGAAACACUUCAAACCAGGACAGGAAAUAAACUGUUACCUAGACAGCUUAUUGUCCGAUGAAAAGGCAUUUACUGAGGAACAAAUAAUGAUGUUAAUCUGGGAGGGAAUAAUUGAAACAUCAGACACUACUUUGGUAACUGCAGAAUGGGCAAUGUAUGAACUUGCAAAGGAUCCAGCAAAACAGGACCGUCUGUUUCGCGAAAUCAAAAAUGUUUGUGGACCCAACAAGGUUACCGAGGAGAACAUGUGUAAACUCCCUUAUUUGUCUGCCAUAUUUCAUGAAACUUUGAGGAGACACAGUCCUGUGCCCGUAGUUCCUCUGAGAUAUGUGCAUGAAGAUACAGUGAUAGGCGGAUAUCAUAUUCCUGCUGGAACUGAGAUUGCUAUCAACCUUUACGGGUGUAACAUGGACAAAGAAAGGUGGGAAAACCCUGAACAGUGGAUUCCUGAGAGAUUUCUUGAUGGGAUGCAUGAUUACAUGGAAUUGCACAAGACGACUGCCUUUGGAGGUGGAAAGAGGGUAUGUGCAGGUGCUCUUCAGGCUAUGUUGAUCGCGUGCAUUACAAUUGCGAGGUUAGUGCAGGAGUUUGAAUGGAGACUUGCAGAUGGAGAAGAAGAAAAUGUGGAUAUUGUCGGGCUUACCAACCUAAAACUUCAUCCCCUGCGAGCAAUCAUAAAGCCAAGAACCUGAUUGGAAAGCCUCAACCAUCUUGGUUCAUGCCUAGAGUUGGUAACUUCAGAUACAAUAUGUAAUCUUUAUCUUAAUGUAUCUCCGUCAUUUUUGAGUCAUUAAGAAUGGGGAAUUUUAUGUUCCAGCUUCUGGAGCUCCAUAUCUUCUGUAUGGUACAUAAAACGAGGGCUGAAAAAUGUUGCUGUUGUUUAAUGGCCUAUAUUAGGAAGUCUUGAGUGAUGACUGGAGAGGUGGAGUAGCUUCUUGUAUGAAACAAAAGAAUCAUGCUGAUUGCAACUUGGUUUCGAAUAAAUGGUUUUUUCUAAAUUA